CUCGCUCUUUGAUGGAUCUGUUGUUGCCUUAUGUACAAAAAGGUUUAAUGAAGGAUGUUUCUUAUAACAUCCAUGUCACCUCCUUACCUGUGAACAAUGGAGUUGACCAAUUUGAGGCAACCAGGAAGAAUAAAGUUGACCCCGGUGAUCAAGAGAGCUUGCAACAGCUUAUUCCAGCAGACACGUAUAGUGAUGUCCUUACAAUGGUUGGUAGUCCCCCGAUGCAGGAUUUCCCGCAGCCUCCAACGACUACGCAGCUGGAGCAACGUAUGGAGAUUGCUUCAGGAAGCUGCUAUGUGCAAAGCGAACUGGACAGAGGACUAGCGAGCUACUAUGCUAAAUCCCUGCAUGUGCAUGACGUAUGGAUACGUGCCUUGAGUGGUGUUCCUGGUUGGUCUGACAAGUAUAUGAUACGUUAUGGGUUUAACUCCCUUAAGUGGUGCUGCGUGGAGAGGUGCCCAAAGUUGGAUGUUUUCUUCCAUUUACAGAUGCAUGGAUUUAAUGAUCUGGAGAUCUUCUGGGCGUCGGAUCUCCCAAUGGCCCACUGGAUAUGGAAGAUUUGGAGUAAACCUCUACCUCUUAACUAUAUAAGCCCCAGUUCCUUUAGAGACCUACAGCACCUACACCUGAGGUCCUGCCCAAGCCUCCAGUUGGUGCUCCCGGUGUGGGUCUCCUCCUUCCCCAACUUGAAGACCCUCCACAUCAUCCAUUGUGGCGACCUCAUGCACGUCUUCGAGCUGAGCACAAAAUACCCAGAGGAAAUAGUCACCCUCGGUGUUCUAUUCCCCAGACUGACCACCAUCCACCUGCACGACCUCCCGAAGCUUCAGAAGAUAUGCGAGUUCAAGAUGGUAGCGCCCGCACUCGAGAGCAUCAAGAUUAGGGGAUGUUGGAGUUUGCGUAGGUUGCCAUCCGUGGGCGCCCGUGGCCAAGGCGAGAAGAAGCCGGCGGUCGAGGUCGAGAAGGACGUGUGGGGCGCUCUGGAGUGGGACGACGACCACAGCCCCGACCACUUCGAACCGCCGGUCCACUCCCGCUACUACAAGGAGAAGCUGCCCAGGAUCUCCGUUCUGAGGUGAACUCUGCGCUGCUGUGUUAAUUUCUUCCGUCGCUACAUCAAAACGAUGGAUGGGUGCUCCUGCUUCUGCUGCUGAAGCGAGUGCUUGGUUUGCUUGUGUGCUUUGCUUGGAUUGCCAAUGCCUGUUGUGGGAGCUUAUGGUGGCUCUCACCUUGUGUUAUAUUGUGGCUUUCAAUUACAGACGGACAGCCGGCUAUGUGUGUGCCUGCAUACACAGACCUGGCCGUUGCGCGCGCCUGUGUGUGGUUUGCGACUGCAACGGCUUAUGUGUGUGCAUCCACCAGGCUGCAUUUGUGUGUGUGGCUUUAAUGAGUGCUUGCUUGCUAUGCGUGUGGAAUUGUAACAGCUGCCUGCCUAUGUAUCUCUACAUGGCUAGCUGCUUGUGAGUGUGUGAGUGUUUGCCAUGUAUUAUCUGAACUUGUGUGUCUGUUUCUUUGCUAUACUUAUGAAAAAAAUUGAA